AUGGAUAUGGAAGUUCUCACCCUGAAUGAUUCGGCACACAUUACUUCAGACACAAUUUCGACUGAAAAAGUUGUGAAUAUCGAUAAGGACGAUGAUGAUGAUGUGUUAAUAGCAACAGAAAAUAAUGCAAGCUGUCUACCAUGUUUGCCGUAUUCUGUUGGAUUAACAUGUCUCUUUGCAAUUUUCACUGCUCUGUCGAUGUUAACUGGUAUUUUGAUAGUCUAUUAUAAAAUACCGAAACCACCAAAUAAAACGUGUUUAACUGUACUGAAAGCUGAAGCUCGUAGUUUAAUCAGUGACGAAUCACGUCCAUUAGCUAUUACCGUAGCUGAUCUCAAUAAAGACGGACUUUCAGAUGUUAUUGUAGCGAAUUCUGGUGCAAACACUAUCGGAAUUUUCUUCCGAAAAGAUCAACAUUCAUUUGCAAAACAAAUUACUUAUUCAACUGGUGUUGGUUCAAUUCCAUAUGCAGUGAUCGCUGAUGAUUUUAAUAAUGAUCAACAACUCGAUUUAGCUAUAGCAAAUUAUGGUCACAAUAAUAUUGGUAUCUUUUUAGGAACAACUAAUGCGACAUUUCCAUCACAGACAACAUUUUCAACUGGGCCAUCUCGUCCAUUAGCAAUUUCUGGUGGCGAUUUUAACAAUGAUACAUUCAUUGAUUUAGCUGUUGUUACGUAUGGUACAAAUAGUGUAUAUAUUUACUUAGGAAAUGGUAGAGGUCAUUUUGUCGAAGUAUUGACACUUUUCACAGGUUUUGAUUCGAUUCCGUAUGCAUUAGCUGUUACAGAUCUUGACAACGAUGAUCAACUUGAUAUGAUCGUUGCAAAUUAUGGGACAAACAAUGUUGGCAUCUUUUUCGGCCGUGGAAAUGUAUCGUUUGAACAGCAACUUCUAAUUGAUACUGGUGUCAAAUCUCAACCGCAUUCAAUUGCUGUUAAUGACUUGAAUGAUGAUAAUUACAUGGAUAUUGUCAUCGUUUGUUCUGGUACAAACAGCGUCGAUGUUUUAUUGAAUAUCGAAAACAGAUCGUUUGCAACAUUAACAAAAUAUUUCACUGGUAAGAAUUCAUUACCCGUUUCUUCAGCUAUUGGUGAUUUUGAUCAAGACAAUAAACUUGAUAUUGUUGUUGUUAAUUACGUUGCUGGUAACAUUGUCAUUCUUUUCAAUCGUGGAAAUGGUUUCUUUACCGAACCGGCGACAUUUUUUACCUCCUCUGACUAUUAUCCAAAUUCAAUUGCAAUCAGCGACUUCAAUCUUGAUUCAUAUGUAGAUAUGGCUAUUGUAGAAUAUGAUCAUAACUAUUUAGAUGUCAUUCCUACACAUAGAGAGUAUAGUUUUGUCGACCAACGAACCUAUCGAACAACUGGUAUCGAUUCCGAGCCGAUAUCGGUGUUUCUUGCUGAUUUCGAUAAUGAUGAUCAAUUAGAUAUGGUUGUCGCUAAUUAUUGGUUGAACAAUAUUGCUGUAUUUUUAAAAUACGAUGGUUAUGAUUUUUUAAUUCAGCAAACAUACUACGUGGGAAAUGGUUAUGCACCGUAUGCUGUGACAAGUGCUGAUUUUAAUAAUGACAAUCGAGCAGAUAUUGCCGUUGCUAACUAUUGGGGCUAUAAUAUGGGUAUUUUUCUUAAUAUUGGCAAUGGUAGUUUUUCGAGUCAAAGAACGUAUUCAACUGGAAAUGCCAUUCAGCCCUGUAGAAUUACCACCGGUGAUUUUAAUAAUGACAAUUGGAUGGAUGUUGUUGUUGUUAACUGCGUAACGAAUAGUAUAGGUAUUUUUAUUAAUACUGGAAAUGGUAGCUUUGCACACCAAGUGACAUACUCAACUGGUUCUGGUUCUUGGCCGAUGGCUGUUAUCGUUGAUGACUUCAAUGAAGAUCGUUGUCUAGAUAUUGCUGUUGCUAACAAUGGAGCGAAUAGUAUUGGAAUAUUUAGUGGCUAUGGCAACGGUACUUUCGCAUCACAAUUAACUUACGGAACCGGAACUAACUCAGCGCCACACUCAAUUGCUUCCGGUGACAUUGACGGCGAUAAUCUAACUGAUAUUGUUGUAGCUAAUUACCUUAGUAGUAACGUGGUUAUUUUGCGUGGAUAUGGUAAUGGAAGUUUUCAAUUGCAAAAUACUUUGUCUGCUGGUAGUUCAGCUGGACCACAAUCACUUGUUCUUGCUGAUAUUGAUAAUGACCAUUUACUCGAUGUGAUUCUCGUCAGCUAUCUUGCUGCGAAUCUUGGAGUUUUUCUCGGUCGUAGUGAUGGUAACUUCUCUACUCAAAUAACCUAUUCUACGGGACUUGGUUCGCUACCGUACUCUGUUGUAGUCGGCGACAUGAACAAAGACGGACAAUUAGAUGCUGUCGUAGCAAAUUAUGGUACUAGUUGUGCAGGAAUUUUCAUCGGAUAUGGAAACGGUAGUUUUGCUGCACAGAAGAUCUAUUCAACCAGAGGUGAUGCUAAUCCUUGGAAAAUAUCUGUUGCAGAUGUCAACUAUGACAAUCGUUUGGAUCUGAUCGUUGUUAACUAUGCAUCGAACUAUGUAGAUAUUUUUCUCGCUAAUAAUAAUGGUACAUUUUAUAAGUAUAUGACUUAUUCGACUGGCAGUAACUCCGCACCGAAUUCCAUCACUAUUGCUGAUUUAAACGGCGAUAAUCUAUUAGACAUGGUAACCGCGAACUAUGGAACGAACAAUGUCGGCAUAUUCAUCGGUUAUAAGGAUGGUACCUUUUCAAAUCAAAUCACCUAUUCAACGGAUAGUUAUUCGACGCCACGAUAUGUAGCAGUUGACGAUCUUAAUAAUGAUACCUAUCCAGAUCUAGCUGUUGCAAACUACGGAACUAGCACCAUCGGUUUAUUUUUUGGCUUUGGCGAUGGUACAUUCGCUGAUCAAAAGACAUUUCCGACAACACCAAGUUCUGGUCCACAAUAUAUUAUUAUCAAUGAUUUCAACAACGAUAAUCGGCUCGAUAUGGCUGUUCUUUACACUUGGACUGAUAAUGUCGGCAUAUUUUUUGGGUACGGUAAUGGCACUUUCUCAAAUCAAGUUUCGUAUCCGUUUGCUGUCGGUUCCCGACCGUAUAGUAUGACAGCUGGGGAUGUUAAUCAUGAUAAUCAAGUCGAUUUAAUUGUAACAAUUUAUUAUAGUCGUGUUGUUGUUGUUAUGCUUGGACAGAAGGAUGGAACAUUUAUUACAGCGGCAACUUACUCAACUGGUAGCAAUUCUCGACCAUAUUCCGUUGUUGUUGGGGAUUGGAAUCGAGAUAAUAACACGGAUAUUGCCGUUGCCAAUUGUAAUUCUAAUAAUGUACUUACGUUAGAAGGAAAUGGUGAUGGAACGUUUGGUAAUUCAGCGACUUAUUCCACUGGUGAUAUUUCUUGUCCAGAGUGGAUCAAUUUCGGUGAUUUUAAUAACGAUAGCCUAUUAGAUUUGGUUGUUGCUAAUUAUGCCAGCAAUACAUUAGGAGUAUUUCUCGGAUUUUCCUACAUAAAAGCUGUGCGUGAGGGUACGUAUUCUACUGGAUCAUCUCCACGCCCACGAGUUGUUAAUCUUGGUGAUUUCAAUCAUGAUGAUAAAUUAGAUGUUGCCAUUGCCAAUUAUCAAUUGGGUGAUGUGGGAAUUUUACUAGGACAUCCAAAUGGAUCGUAUCCAACACAGAACGUGUAUUCCAUCGAUGAUUUGUCUUUUCCAACUUCACUUGCCAUCGGCAACCUGAAUAAUGACAGUUAUCUCGAUAUUUGUGUGGCCAAUUCUGGCACUGAAAGUGUCACAGUUCUGUAUGGUAAUGGUAAUGGUAGUUUCGCAAAAUCAUCUCUGCUUCCAACGGGACUGGAUUCAGUGCCUCAAUCAUUGGUGGUUAAUGACUUCAACAAUGAUAAAUUGCAAGAUAUUGUCGUCGUCAGUGCUGGUACCAAUAAUGUGUUCGCAUUCUUAAAAUAUGAUACAGGAUCAUUGAAAAGACAAACAUCGAUAAAGACUGGAGAUAGCACCACUCCACGAUCGAUAUCUGUAGACGAUUUUAACAAAGAUGGUCGAUUAGAUUUUGUCAUUCUCAAUUCUGGUAAUAAUAACUUUGGCAUUUUUCUCGGAUUAGGCAACGGAACAUUUUCGACUCAAAUGACCUAUUCAACUGGACAAAAUUCAAAUCCAUGGUCACUAAGAGUUCAUGAUAUCGAUCAAGAUGACUGUUUAGACAUUAUUGUCACCAAUAGCUGGAGCAACACGAUCGGUAUUUUUCUGGGACUUUGCGAUGGAACAUUUUCGACACAGAUGAGCUUUUAUACUGCGUAUAAUUCGGGACCGGAAGCUUUUGCCAUUGCUGAUUUCGACAAUGACACUCAGUGGGAUGUUGUAGUCUGUCUGGAAUUUAUUGGUCAAAUAAGCAUUUUAUAUGAAUAUCAAAACAGCACAUUUUCUAGUCCAGUAUUCUACACGAUCGGUACUUAUACCUAUCCAUCGGGAGUUGCAGUUGCUGAUUUGAAUUAUGACAAUCAUCUAGACAUGGUUGUCAUCAAUUAUGGAACUAGUAACCUUGCGCUUUUCUAUGGACGUGGUAAUCGUACUUUUGCUAAUCCGGUAUUUUAUACUACUGGUAACUCGUCGAAUCCGUCAUCAGUUGUUCUUAUCGAUUUGGAUAAAGACGGCAACAUGGAUAUCAUUGUUGGCAAUUCGGGUGCAGAUAAUAUAUGUGUAUUUUAUGGACGCAGUGAUGGUACGACAUAUGACCAAGAAUUCUUCGCAACAGGCGCUGGUUCUACACCAUAUCAAAUUGUAGUUCGUGAUGUCAAUAAUGACAAACGCUUUGAUAUCAUUGUUGCUAAUUAUGGCAGUAAUAGCAUAGGUGUUCUUCUUGGUUGUCAAAAUAGAUCAUUUUUUAGUCAAUUAACAUACUCCACUGGAGAUUAUUCUCAGCCGCGAAGUAUUGCGUUAGGUGAUUUUAAUGUCGAUGGCCGUCUUGAUGCUGUUGUGGCUAAUUUUGGCACUGGUAGUGCAGGUAUAUUUCUCGGCUAUUCUAACUAUGAUUUCUUGGGCGCGCCAGCUUCUUCAACUGGUUCAUCAUCUCACCCAAAUUCCAUCGCUGCUGCAGAUUUCAACAAUGAUAAUCAACUGGACAUUAUUAUUGCUAAUAAUGGCACAAAUAAUGUUUUAAUUUUGUUUGGAACAGGGUAUGGUACUUUUACAAAUCCGGUGAGUUAUCCAACUGGAACAGAUUCUCAUCCAUGUUGGGUAGCUGUUGCUGAUUUGAAUCAAGAUACUCUAUGGGAUUUUGUUGUUGCUAACUCUGGUACGAAUAACAUCGGUGUAUUUUUGGCCAAUAGUACUGGAUUAUUUUCAAGUCAAGUUACUUAUUCUACCGGCUCCCGUUCUCGACCAUAUUCUGUUACUGUGCUUGAUUUUAAUAAUGAUACUCGAUUGGACAUUGUUGUUGCUAGUUAUGGUGCUAAUAAUGUCGGUAUCUUUUAUGGUUAUGGAAAUGGUAGUUUUAUGGAUCAAGAAAUCUUUCCAACUGGCUUCAAUUCGCAUCCGUAUGCAUUGACUUUUGGUGAUAUUAACAAUGAUAAUUUAACGGAUGUGAUUGUUACUAACAAUGGAUACGGAAAUAUCGAUAUUCUUAUGAAAACAUGUUAA